AGGUCAUGUCGGGAUGCCUUAGACAAGAGAGUACAUUACUUCACACCAGACUUCUGUUGCGGCAACAGUUUUUUUUUUUUUCAGCACAACUGUGUCAGUGUUUGCUUCCUACAGUCGACAGGUACAGUCUUGAAGAUAAAUAACCAAGCGGUUAAGGUUUCAGCAGUGUGUCCUGUAGGACGUGAAUAACCGGCGAGUGACAGCGGCGGAUUUCUCAAUGGCUGUGUCUAAAUGUACCCGACUCACUGGCCCAUUGACCAGUCAGAUACUGGACUCAGUGGAUAGUGUGCUGUUUGAUUGCGACGGAGUGAUAUGGAGAGGAGAUCAAGCUAUUCCCGGUGCCCCAGAAGUCAUCAACUCGCUGAAAAAGGCCGGUAAGCGCGUGUUUUUCGUCACCAACAACAGCACAAAAACGCGCAAAAUGUACGCGGAAAAGUUGACCAAGCUGGGCUUCGAGGCCAGUGAGGACGAGGUGUUCGGUACAGCUUACUGUUCUGCUGUGUAUCUCAAAACCGUGUGCAACCUCGAGGGCAAAGUGUACUUGAUAGGAAGCAAUGCCAUGAGGCAAGAGCUCGAGGCGCUGGGGAUCGAGCCGGUCGGUGUGGGACCUGAUCCAGUGUCAGGAGGACAGAAAGACUGGGCCAGUGUUCCUCUUGACCCGGAGGUCAAGGCCGUGCUGGUGGGUUUUGACGAACAUUUCAGUUACAUGAAGCUGAACAGAGCAUUACAGUACCUCUGCAAUGCUGAGUGUCAGUUUGUGGGCACCAAUACAGACACCAGGCUUCCACUGGAGGGGGGCAAAGCAGUCCCAGGUACUGGUUGCAUUUUGAAGGCCGUGGAGACCGCAGCACAGCGCCAUGCCCAAGUGGUGGGGAAGCCCAGUAGCUUUAUGUUCAAAUGCAUGUCUAACCAGUUCGGGCUUGACCCAAGCAAAUGUCUUAUGGUUGGGGACAGACUGGACACCGACAUCAUGUUAGGUUCCACCUGUGGUCUGAAGACCCUGCUGACCCUAACUGGUGUCUCAACAAUUGCAGAUGCAGAGGAGCACCAAAGAAGCGGAUGCCCCAAGCGUCAGGAGAUGGUGCCGGAUUACUAUGUUGAUAGCAUUGCAGAAAUUUUACCAGCCCUCCAAGCAUAGUGGGCCAGUAUUGAUGAGGAUGUAACAUGUAUCCUAAGUUAUGCAGGUUCAGCAGAUUUGAUAGUUUUUAAUAUUAUUUACAAAAUAGGAAUCGAACCAAAAUGAUCAUUUGUCAUUGUUAAAAUAGUUCUUAAUUUAGUCACCUGGACCUCCACCCACUUGUUCCGGGUAAUCAUAGGUGAAUUUCUGGGUUAGGUGUCUUUGGAAUAAAACACUUGAGACACUUGAAUGUCUUGUGGACUGGAUCGAGACCCACUGCAACAGAGGAUUCUAAAAUAGCUAGAUAUUUCAAAGUGAUAUUUAUAUUUGUGGUUUCUUAUCUCCAGUCCUUAUGACCCACAGCCCUGCACCAGUUUCCCCUACUUCAAGUGUUUGAGGGUAGGAAAAACUAGAAUUGGAUCCCCAUGAGUGGAUUUCACAUCCAGUAUCCAGCAUUUCGUAUUAGAAACUGAUCGGAAUAUGCACUGCCAAUUAUAAAGCCACAAAAUCAAAAUGUUCUCUAUUAAUAAUCUGCUCCAUCAGCAGGGUCUACCUCUGCUAUUUCACAGUAAUGUCCAUGUAUAUCAUUGUGCUUUUCCCCCCCAAGUACGGUGUUCUAUUUGUUUUAUCCAUUGUUCGAAGAUAUCUGCAGACAUAUAGAUACAUACCUAUAUACUAUAUGUACUGAAUAGAGAAUUAACAUGUGCUUUUGUUUGUUCUGCUGUACAUUUUCAACCUCAGGUACUGGUAAAUUGACAGGCAAGAUGGCUUAUUGGUUGAUAAUACAACCAAUGUUACGAUUUGCGCAGACGAGCACCACUACACAUAACUAAACACAAUGUUCUUUAUUGAGGUGCUUGUUGUUGGGUUUUUUUGUCAUUAUUGAAGUUAGACCUGCUUGAAGCAUAACAGCUAUUGUAACCCUCUUCAGUUUUCUGAUCACUAAUGUUUUCCAUUCUUUUUUUGUCUUACCUUG